ACACGCACGCACGCACGCACGCACGCACGCACACACACACAGAGAAAAGCAGAGAAAAAAGAAAGAGAGAGAAAGACGAGCAAAGCCGACGAAGCUGGUGCUGCUGCUGUACUCUCCCGUGUCUCUUCGUCUCUUCGGGACACUCUCCUAGCGAGCGUGUAUCUACCACCUUAUAAAACGUGCGCGCAGUAUCGCGGUUCUCCGGGGCCGGCGGCGGCGAAGUGGAGACGCACGAGAGGCGCGAGACGAGCGGCGGAAUCGAGAGAGAUCGCGGAGAGCAAGCGACGACGGAGUUGCGAGAGCGAGCGAGGCUUUCUCGCAGUUCGCUUCGUUUCGUUCCCUCGUGCGAGCCGCGAGGUGCGCGAGGCACACGGCUAAUGCGGCGAGUUGGCGUCAAGUCGUCUUGAACUUUCGCGUGCAAGUCCACGAAUAUAUUCCGCGCGACACCACACGCACACACAUACGUCGCACGUGAAUAUAGACUCGCAGUAUAUAGACGCGAGAAUAGAGAUACGGGCUUUCGGAACCGUUGAAAGAAAAAGAUAGAGAGAGAAAGAUAGAGUUUUUCUUUCCGCCUCGCGUGUCGCUUCUUUGCCACCCGCCGCGACAGCGGCGCGGAAUUACGUUACGCGGUGUGAAAUAGUGUAGAAAGUUUUGUGUAAGUGAGCGGUCGUUAAUAGACCAGUGCACUGUUCACCACGGGCUUCGACGAAGGGGAGAAAGACACGCACGGAGAGUGCGAAUAGGAGAAAGACAGAGGGAAAGAGGAAAGAGAAGCGGCGGAGGGCCGGCGGAGAAAAGAGGAGAAGAGCGCGCUAUAUGCGUAAGGCAAGCAGUGCGAGUGCCAGGACCGAGUGCGAGAGAGCGACCGGCUGAUAAACCGUAAGAAGAAGAGACGAAAGAAAAGAGAGAACACAGGGUGGUCGUCGCGAGAGACCGGGAGUCGCCAAGAUGCGUUUCCACGGUGGUCUUCUGACGCUGCCGAUCUUAUUCAUUCUCCUCGUCGUCUGUCCCUUUACGCUGCGUGCGCGAAAGGUCACACCUUUGAUCGAAGAGGACUGGGCGAGAAGACCUCACCGGGCGGCCGAUUCCGGACAUCGUCGCCGGAAGCCAAAACGUCAAAGCCAGAGAUAUCGCUCCGAUUUCGCUUAUUUCGUCAUCAUUUUUCAACCAUCGCUCCUCUGCACUUCGCGUUUACGAGCGAUUUCGUCGAGGCAAAGCUGCUUGUCCUUUAAAGAAUGCACCUUCGGCAAGCACAUACGCGAACUGGGAUCGAUGUGGUUCGCGGAUCUGGGACCGCCCUUCGGUGUCAUGUACUGCAUCAAAUGCGAGUGCAUACCGGUGCAGAAGAAGCGACGCAUCAUCGCGCGAGUUCAAUGUCGCAACAUUAAGAACGAAUGUCCCAAACUCACGUGCAACGAACCAGUUUUACUGCCGGGUCGAUGCUGCAAAUCUUGCCCCGGUGACGUCAAUACGGACGUAGUGCAGGAUCUGCCGGCGCAGUUGACUUCAGAAGAAGAAGAGCGAAGUUUAAAACACUUUGGCACUCUGUUGACGGGUAAAACGUCGCAGUUCCUUCGCCGCGAUGAUUCGAAAUCGACGGCGUGCAAUAACAACAACAACAACAAUAACAACAGCAACAAUGCAUGCAACGUGUACAACAGCGCGUAUAAUUAUCUAGCAACCGGUCGCUUCACGUUCCAUCGCAAGAAUCUCUACUAUUCGUUCUAUCUGUCCGCGGCGACGCCUCGGCCGCGCAGCAUACAAUUCGUCGACGGAUUUGGCAGCAUCCUCGAGGAGCAGACAAUCGAUCCAAUCGGCGGCGCAUAUCAGAACGCAACUGGCAAGUUGUGCGGCGUAUGGAGACGCGUUCCACGUGACUACAGAAAAUUGCUGCGUGAAGAACGUCUGCACGUAACCUUCAUUUGGGAAUCGGCGAGCCUGACUGGUCAGCUGUCCCGAUAUCGCGCACUGGCGACCGAGCAAUUUUCAUCACUGCUUGAACCUACGAUGGGCGUUGAUCUCUCGUUGAUGUCCGGUGCGGGCGCGACAGCAAUUGUGUCGGCCUCGUCCGCGUCGGCACCAUCGAUCCACGUGUCGCUCAUCUUCAACGGUCUCUUCCUACCGAACGACGUGGCUGACGUUCCCCUGAUCGUCAAGCUGGAACACGAAGAAAAAGAUUACGUGGUCCUCUUUGAGGAGAUAAUAGUGAAGAAGCCGUCGAACGAACUUAACUUUGGCGAAGUUCGUAGCGCAAUUUCCGGAGCGGAUCUUCGUCUUUUGACACGGGGCAAACUAGCGAUCAGUAUAAUGUCCCGCAAGGAUCCGCAAGCUCUUCGAUUAAGUGGCACGGUGAUUCCGCGCGCGACCUGCGACAGAUAUGAGGCGCUGCUGGUGUCUGAAACGCCGUCCAAUGCGGCGGGAUUGGCCUGGGCCUUCUUAGAUCGUAGCGGAGCGCUACAAUAUGGAGUCCAGUUGAUAGAACUCGAUCAGGAAAGUCCGUUGGUGACGCUGGUAGAUGAGGGAGGGAAGCGAAGAAUGGAACUUGAAGAUCUAACACCUUCGUUGAUAAACGGUUUCGCAAACGGUUCCCUGGACCGGCCCGGACCGCGGCUUCUUCAGCCUCUCUUCAAUCAGGAACUUUCCGUAGUUGCUGCGAGUCAUCUCGGUUCCAUGUUACGCGGUAGACUUCUGGAGAGACCUGUGGCGGAUGCCAGAGACACCGCCGCGCCUUUCUUGUUGAGAAAGUUAACGCGAGAACACGGACCUGUCGGUCUGGUUUGGACCGCGGUGGACCUAGACUGUUCCCUACACUACGAGCUGGAACUCGCAGGUUUUCCUGCCACGUCUCAGGAGCUGCGGACAUUCCGUUUAUAUUUGGAAACGAUGCCUAUGAUCACACAGGGCGCUCCCGUCGCCAGGAGACUUCUCGAAGAAUUCACAGGAUAUUCGCUGGAAGGAUCUGUUACCGGACUGUCGCCGUCGGAACUCUACAGAAUCGACGCGGGCAUCAGUUUUCUCGAGGUGACGGACAAGCAAUCUAUUCACAUUCUGAAAGCUCGUUUCAAGGCUAAAGCACCGAUCAGUUGUUUGUCGCAUUACACCGAAAACGACGUUACUUCUGUGCUGGCAUACAAUUUGCCUCCUCGAUCGGAUAUCGAGACCACCGCGUGUUAUCACGAGAAGAAAUUUUACGAGGAAGGCGUGCAAUGGACGUCAACGUCGGAUCGCUGCUCGAUGUGUCAUUGCUAUCGUGGUUUGGCACAAUGCGAUACCGUGCCGUGUCCAACACUUUCCUGCGCGCCAGGGAAACAGUUGAAGCAACCGCCAAUUGGUUGCUGUCCAAUAUGUGCAGCGUCAAAUAUCGUCGAAAGUAACGCAACGACGACCAAGAUCAAUAUCACAAAAGGUUGCACGUUAGCUGGACAAUUUCAUCUGGCGGGAUCGUCCUGGCAUCCGUAUUUGCCGCCAGUAGGAUUCGACACUUGCGCAGUUUGCACCUGCGACGCUGUCACACUAGAGGUGAAAUGCCCGAGGGUGCAGUGCCCGCCACUCGAAUGUGACGAGAAGGUCGCCUUCAGGCCGGACAAGAAGGCUUGUUGCAGACAGUGUCCGGUAACGACGCCCAGCACGACAACGAACGCGGCCAACACCGGCGACGGUGGUCGCUUGCCGCGCGACCAGGCGUUAUCGUCCACGACGCGACGUACUCCGGAGGACAUACUCUCUUCCGGCGGCUGCAAGUAUCCCUUAGGCGGUCCGUACGAGAACGGCAUGGAGUGGCAUCCCCGAGUGCACUCGCACGGUGAGAUGAAGUGCGUCAAGUGUCGUUGCAAGAACGGCGACGUCAAGUGCGACAGGAAACGCUGUCCACGGUCGCUCUGUAACUCGAUCGCGCAUCAGGUGAAGCGUGGCGAGUACGUGCCGGACGCGGACGACUGCUGCACGGCGCAGUGCCGUCGCACGAGGCGUCAUCAUCGCAACAAUCAUCACUAUCAUCAUCAUCUAGCGUCACGACACACCAUGACGCCCCGCGAACUCAGCUGAGCCCGACGAUCCCGGAAGAAUCCGCUCCGAUCCACGAGGAAGCUCCGUCCCGCGUAGCUGGAUGCACACCGAGCCGUGUAUCGUAUCGGAUAAAUGGCAGAACUCAAAUCGAUCGCGCGCGAUCGCUCUUGUCGAACAAUCGAUAGAAAUAACCAAAACAAAAAAAAAAACAAAACAAAAAAAACAAAAAAACAAAAAUAAACUAAAACGAAACAAAAGGCUGUAUUCGCGAACGUGUAAUAUUAAGAUCUUUAGAAGUGUCGGGGAUUUACAGCGCUUGUAGAAAAAAAAAAACAAAAAAAUAAGGGAUAAUAAUACACAAAAGAAUGCGAUGAUCGAUGACGCGAGAUGGUAGCUGUUAGCGAAAAUUUUAUAGUUCGCAUUCAACUAGGCGAGAAACGCGCGCGCGCACACCCACACUCACACCUACGUACGCACGCACGCACGCACGCACACACGCGCGCACACACACACACAAACAUACAAACACAAACGCUCUUCGCGGUAGAAUUUCGCGAUGUUCGAUGACAAGAGUGAUUAAUCAACGAUGACGGAUGCGCGCUCGUUGCUCAAAGUUAGUUUCGUUGUCGGCGGCGAAAUGAAGUCGCGUGUGUAUGCCAUAGUACAUGCGUGCGCGUGCAGGAAGAGACGAGAGAAAACGCUAGUGUAAUAAGAGGAAGAACGUGGAUGGUACACACACGAUAUAAGAUGCUAUUCUUAUCCGCGACGCCCGCUCGGUCGUUCGCUCUAGAGCCUCCAGCGCCCGUAGCCCAGACGCUUAUUAAUCAAUUGAUCCUCAUCAGCGGAUAAAACGGAACGGAAAUCGAGCGCCCUUCCCCUUCGCAACGCGUCGCGACGGUUACGCGUUACGCUCGCAGUAAAAAAUUAAAAAAAUAAAAAAAAAAAA